AUGGGGAGCAGCAGCCAGCAGCAGCACUACAGAGACCCCGUCUCCACCGUCGGAUCCGAGAAUGACACAGAACGAGAGCAGGACGCCACCGUCACGGAAACCAGCGCCCCCUGGCUUCCCGAGCGCGACUCGCCCGGCGCCCCCGCCCUCCACGCCCAGCUGGGCUGGCUGUGGGAGGUGCAUGGGCACGGUCUGGCCUCCCUGUUCGCAGUGCUCGCCCUGCUCAGCCUGUUCACGGCACUGCGCCUGCGCGCGCAGCUCUCCGCCAGGCCCCACCUCUCCAGCCUCUGCGUCUUCCUGGGUCUGAUGGCUGGCUGCAGACUGGUCGUCCUAUUCGUAGAUCCCUACGGAGCCAAACAAAGCCUGCCUCCAGUACUGCUAAGAGUGCUCUGGGACUUGGGCUACCCCUGCCUAGUGUCCGGCUUCGCACUGUUACAGCUGGCCCUGGUUCGGGCGACCCGACUCAAGAUGACCCGGAUGGAUGAUGAGAGCCUGGUCUCCAUAGUCAUCACCCUGCAUUUCUGCUUGGUCAUCACGGCCGGAGUUCUCGCCGCCAUUCAGCACUCUUUACGGAUCAUCUGGCUGAUCGUCCAGGUGUGUUUCCUGGUUUGGGGUGGCUUCCUCUGUCUGUCCUCCUUCCUGGACUGCCUCCGUGUCCUCCGAUCCAUCGUCAAGGUGCCCCGAAGAGUCCUCACUCAGGUGGACCCUGGCUACGAGAUCAAUAGCAUCAUGCCCCAGAGCAUGUUCUCGGAGACGACACCACCGCAAGAACAGCCACAUGGGCAUCAACCACGCAUCCACAUCACUGACGAGAAUGACCAAACCUACAGCUACGCCAGCGAAGGGUCAUUGGGACCUAACAAGGACCAGCAGCGCCCUGAAGCCUUUCCUCUUCGAUGUCUGCCGGGCUCCCCGACGCGAUGGAAAUUUCCCGAACCGAAGUCCAAGCCCACGUCCCCCAAUGAAGACCCUGCGCUGAUUCGCCCACUCAUGAGUCCUAUAAGCGCAGCAGAAAGCCAUGUAGCACACCAAACACUGGAUCCCAGCACUGUAGCAGUACUGCAACCAACAAUUUCAUCGCCAAGAUCAUCAAUAAGCCCGAGUGCCAGUGCCAGGGAGGAGGAAUUUCGACGGGACUUGCGGAGACUGAAGCGCCCCAGCCACAGUCGUUUGGAACGCCAAGUACGUCGACUUUUCCUGACUUCGAUUCUGGGGAUGGCGCUCUGCCUGCUCGAAGCUUACCACCUGUUCGGUCCGAUACCCCCUCCCUCCGCCUCAGUGGUUCCAUGGUUUUGCCUCCAAAGUCUGGGAAGGAUAGUUGAAUUUUCGAUGGCCUACUCCAUGGUUUGUAUGAGCCAACAGUCCCUUACCAGCCGGUACUACUAUUAUCCUAGCUAG